AUGGAGGAGGACGAGGCGAUGCGGGCAAUGUUCCCUCUGUCAUUCGGGAAGAAGACUAAGUCGACGCCCAACUCUGCGUCCGCCGCGCAUACGGCCACCCGGCGGGUCACCACCGGACCCGCGAUGGGUUCUUCUUCCGCCGCCGUUGGUGACGGAGCAUCCCAGUCCGCCGUGUCCUCUCGCUCCAAGUCCUGGCUGACUAGCCUCCGGAACCCUAACCCUUCGCGCGGCGCCCGAUCGCGUGACGCGGGUGGCGGAGCUGAGGAACGGGAUGACGAGGAUGAAAGGGCUGGGGUGGGGCCUGAGGUGGGGCCUCCUCUCCCUCCCGGAGGGGACGAGGAAGAGGAGCACGAUGGAGCGAGAAUCGGACCUCCGCGGCCACCACCAGAGGAGGAAGAAGAUGGUGCGAUGAUUGGACCCCCUCGGCCGCCCCCACCGCCGCAGGAGGAAGAAGACGAUGGUGAGGCUAUGAUUGGGCCCCCGCGGCCUCAGCGGCCGUCUAACCUCACGGAUUCUGAAUCCGACGAUGAUUCAGAUAGAGAAUAUGUGGACCUGCCGGACGAUGCUUUCAAGCUGCCCCUCAGCAACGAGGUCGUGCUGAAGGGACAUUCAAGGGUACGUUGUUUCUCCUUGACUUUCUCAGAGCUACAUAUUUGUUGAUUAGCUGCAUACGAAAUCCCAAAUCGGCUAGAAUGUUUCCGUUUUUUAUUUCUGCGUAGUGAAUCUAAUCAUCUGCGGUGCUUGCUCUAUGCUGUGACCUAGUUGGGAAAUUAUGGAGGUAGCCUGCUAUAAAUAUUGGUUGCUAGUCAUUUGCCGUGCCUCUUCGCUAGGCAAUGGGGGAAAAGAGGGGGUGGGGGUCGGGAGGAGAUCAAAGAAUUUAACAAGACGAUGGGAAGCAACUAGCAGUGACCAUGCACCUGCCAGGAGGAGGAAUGGAGAAGUUCGUCAUCGUCUGAUGUCGGAGACAUCAAGAAGGGCUGGGGGUGGUUAGUGUGGUGGACGAAGACUCCUUGACUGCUAUGGGGAAACCCAGACUUUAAACUUACCUUUGAAAUUCAUUUCAUAAGCAUGGUAGGUAUUAAUUUCAUCUAAAGGGAAAAUCAAGACUGCCUGGGGAUAUGGUCAAUUGAUCGAUGAUAACCUAGAACCUGAUGAGAAAACCUAAGCUUCAACUAUGGUAGGAGAGGCAACCCUUACGGUCUCAGUUAUUGAUAUCUUUUCAGUUGACAGUAAUGAAGCAUCUAAUGUUACCUCUUCCCUGUAGUCACCAUGAAGAAGCACUGGCUAUCAAUUGGAGUGAGAUGGCAUGUAGCACUGACUGGUGUUUCGAAACUGUUUGGUGUUUCCUCUGUCUUCUUUGCCGUAGCUGCAUCAUUUAGAUUUCAUUUUCACUUUGUCAAAACUUGGAAAUUGUGUCUUCCCUUAUGUUGGUAAUAUUACCUGCAAGAACCAGCUAUCGCCAAGGGUACACAGUUUUGUUAACUGUAGGGUCUUCAAAGCGAUCUACUUCUUUGAACUGACAUAUGAAUCAUGAAGAAGAAUGUGCUAUGGUCGUCUUUUGAUGGUUACUUCGUUGUAGUCGUUUGCUGUCCAUUAAAUCUGAGUGGAAUCUCAUCUAGAUCUUUGAGGCUUUUGCUUCAUGGGUUCAGUUGACAUUCCAUACGCAAUCUGGAGACUACACUUACUAAGACUUGCUGCUCCCGCAUGUUUUCCAGGUUGUCUCUGCACUGGCUAUCGACCAUUCAGGAUCCAGAGUCCUUUCUGGCAGUUACGAUUACUCUGUCCGGAUGUACGAUUUCCAAGGGAUGAAUUCGAAGCUGCAGUCUUUCAGGCAGCUGGAACCGUCUGAAGGGCACCAAGUUCGCAGCAUAAGCUGGAGUCCAACAUCUGACCGGUUUUUGUGUGUAACAGGUUCAGCUCAAGCGAAGGUGGGACUGGGUGCUUCUAUCCUCGUGUUUUCUAUCUGGAGUGCUAUAUUUUCAGGUUCAUAACGAAUCAGGGACUGUUUCCUCAUUUCAGAUUUAUGACCGCGAUGGACUUACCUUAGGGGAGUUCAUCAAGGGGGACAUGUACAUUCGUGAUCUGAAGAACACUAAGGGGCAUAUCUCUGGCUUGACUUGUGGAGAGUGGAACCCAAAGGUAAAGGAGACGAUCUUAACAUCAUCAGAAGAUGGAUCGUUACGCAUUUGGGAUGUGUCCGACUUCAAGAGUCAGAAACAGGUCCGUUUGACUCGCACAAAUUCCACUUAUUUGUGAAUAAGUGGUUUCCCACGCUACAUUCCGUUUGACUCGCACAAUCCGACGUAAACUUCGGAGAUCAGUGCGAACUGGUUUCCCACGCUAGAUUCAAAGAUCAGAGCAAGAAUGCAUUGAUUUUUAUUUUUUUCCUUCAAUAGGUUGUUAAACCGAAGCUUUCAAGGCCGGCCAGAAUUCCAGUCACUUCCUGUGCUUGGGAUUUCGAAGGCAAACGAAUCGUUGGGGGCAUCGGAGAUGGUUCCAUUCAGGUAUGCAUAUGCAUGGACAUAUUUAAUUUACUUUAAUUUAAUUUAAUUUAAUUUAAUUUUUCCCUGGUUCAAUAAUGCAAGAGCUUGUUACUAUGUCAUGGGCAUUAAUUGCAUUACUUUAUUCGCUUAUAUCACGUCCUCUGAGGCAAUUUAUUUGAUCCACCAAGAUAUGGGCCCUGAAGCCUGGUUGGGGAAGCAGACCAGAUAUCCAUGCUGAGAAAGCACACCAGGACGACAUCACAGGCCUAAAGUUUUCCACCGAUGGCCAAAUCCUUUUAUCCAGAAGCAUGGACGGCACUCUGAAGGUGGUUUCCCUUUACCCCUUCUCAUUCUUGCUAUUAUUAUUAUUAUUAUUAUCAUUAUCAUUAUUAUUGGAUAUAUUUAUACUGCGGAAUGUUCACCAUCUGUUCUUCCCAUAUCCGUGCUGCAGGUGUGGGAUCUUCGGCUGAUGAGAAGUCCCAUCAAAGUGUUUGAAGAUCUGCCAAACAACUAUCCCCAAACCAACGCUGCAUUCAGUCCCGACGAGCAGCUCAUAUUGACUGGUACCUCUGUUGAGAAAGAUGGAGCGAGUGGGGGCCUUCUGUGCUUCUUCAGCAGGAAGAAACUCGAGCUCGAAUCAAGGGUGGGGAUAUCCCCUCAGCUGAGUGUCGUGCGCUGUGCUUGGCACCCAAAGCUGAACCAGGUUCGAUCUGAUCUGUCUUUGCCGCCACCCUUUCUACUCUCUAAUACACGAGACCCUCUUACGAUCCGACGAUUGAUGGAAUAUGUAACGAUUGAUGAAGGUUUUCGCAACCGUGGGCGACAAGAAAGAGGGAGGAACCCACAUACUCUACGAUCCAACGAUGAGUAAGAGGGGAGCUCUCGUGUGCGUUGGGCGGGCGCCGAGGAAGACCUCAGUCGACGAUUUUCAGGCGGAGCCCGUCAUUCACAACCCUCACGCUCUGCCCCUGUUCAGAGACCAGCCGAGCCGGAAACGGCAGAGAGAGAAGAUGCUCAAGGACCCCAUCAAGUCUCACAAGCCAGAGCUCCCGGUCACCGGCCCCGGCUUUGGGGGCAGAGUUGGUUCUACGAAAGGCAGCUUGCUGACCCAAUAUCUUCUCAAGGUAAACAACACAAAAGCAGAAAUAUGGGUUCUUUCCAUUAAAAAAUAAUAUUUAUUUAUUUAUUUAUUUUUGUGUGCGUGAAAGAUGAGCUUUUUCUGCGCAUAUAUUCCUGCUAAAUAUCGGGUUAUAUAUUUUCCUGUGUUAAUAAAUAAGUAAAAGUAGGCUUUUUCCCAUUUAUUUUUUCUUUUAAAAUAUUCAUCUUUUCUCUCGGCAGCAAGGGGGUUUGAUCAAGGAGACAUGGAUGGACGAAGAUCCGAGGGAGGCCAUUCUGAAGUAUGCCGACGUUGCGGCCAAGGACCCCAAGUUCAUCGCACCCGCUUAUGAGAAGACCCAGCCGGAGGCCGUCUUUGCAAAGUCUGACUCCGACGAGGAGGACGAAUGA